AUCACCAUGUCUCGUGCAGCAACAAUGACCAUGGCUCUCUUUUUUCAACUCAUUACAUCUCUUCUCUUAAUCACCACCACUGCCUCAUCACCACCUCUCGGCGGCGUCACCUUCGACGUGAUCCACCGUCGCUCCAACUCCUCCUCUUCUCGACACUUUAACACCAACGAGCUCGAUGGAGGAUCUCCUUACGCCAACACCGUCUUUGCCACCUCCGAGUAUCUUAUGAAACUACAAAUCGGUACUCCUCCUGUCGAAAUCGAAGCCCUCAUAGACACGGGAAGUGACCUCGUAUGGACACAAUGUUUGCCUUGUGUACACUGCUUCGACCAACUAGGUCCCAUAUUCGACCCUUCAAAAUCUUCAACCUACAAAGAGAAAAGAUGCCGAGAACAACCUUGUCCCUACGCGAUACACUAUGUAGACAGAAGCUACUCCGAGGGAACCUACGCAACCGAGACGGUCACGUUGUUGUCCACUUCAGGACAACCUUUUGUGAUGAAUGAAACCACCAUUGGUUGUGCUCACAACAGCUCAGAUGUUACAACACCAUCCGCUUCAGGCAUUGUUGGUCUAGACUGGGGAUCUUCAUCGCUCAUCUCUCAGAUGGGUGAGAACUUUCUAGGUCUUUUCUCUUACUGCUUUUCCGGUGAAGGAACUAGCAAGAUCAACUUUGGAGGCAAUGCUAUUGUGGCAGGAGAUGGAACUGUAGCAACCAAUAUGUUUAGGAAGACGGAUAAACCGGAAUUCUAUUACCUAAACCUAGACGCGAUCAGCGUUGGAGAGAAUAGAGUUGAGACGUUGGGGACAAGUUUUCACUCCUUGGAAGGGAACAUAGUCAUUGACUCUGGAACCACUUACACAUACUUGCCAGAUACCUACUGCAACCUAGUGAAGGAUGCUGUUGAUAAUGCCGUCGUGAACGUGGAACGAGCACCUUUCUCCGGCGAGAGGCUUUGCUACAAGACAGACAACAUUGAGGUAUUUCCGGUGAUGACGAUGCAUUUCUCUGGCGGUGCUGAUCUUAAGAUGGCUACGUACAACAUGUUUGUGAAUAAUGGAGGAGAGUAUUGUCUGGCGAUUAUUUGUAAUGAUCCAACACAACAAGCAAUAUUUGGGAACAGAGCACAGAACAAUUGGUUGGUUGGUUAUGAUACUUCUUCACAGCUUGUUUCUUUCAAGUCCACCAAUUGUUCUUCUUUGUGGAGUUAA